GAGAGAGAUUCUUUUUUGGGGGGGGGGGGGCACUUAUAUAUUUGAUUAUUUGGUCUCCAAUUUUUUGGUUAUUUCUGAAAUCCACAAAAAUUCCUGUUUAAUGUUAGCCGGCCAUCUGUUGCACAAUUUACCGUUGUUUCUCGUUUGUUUGACCACAAACUGUUCGUUAUAUUGCCCCAAAGAGAACAAACAGGAGGAGGAGAAGACGAAGCAAUAAGGGAAGUUCUGUGAAUACCGAAGGGAUUAUUGAGGUGCGGUGAAGAAUCUGUUGGAGUGGAGGGAAGGAGGACCCACCUCUUCACAUUCAUCAUCUUCUUCAUCAAAUCUCUUUUAUCUUUUUCUGUAUAUGCACUGAACCUCCUGAAAUUUUGUCCUUUGGAUAAUUCAUUCAAUUUCCCAUUUUUUAAUUGUAAAGCUUGUUUUGGAUUGCACCUGAUAAUAGUGCCUUCAAUUCUAAGAUACCCAGAUCUGUUUUAUUUUACCCAUACUGUUCUUAAAAAUAAUUGAUUCCAUUAACCUAUAGAUUCAGAGAUUUUAUAGAUAUGGGUCUUUGUAUCUAGACUUAUCUUCAUCCAUCUCAUGCCAUUUCCAUUUUACAGGUGUCAGAAAACCUGACAACAGAUCCUGCGACCCCACCCCCAUUAGCUUCCUACUUGGUUCACCUUCUCCUCCUUUUUUAGAACUCAUUUCUACAUAUGAAUGACAGCUGUUGAAGGUGUCUGUACGGUUUUUCUUGUUACGCACAAAAAUAGUGGUUCAACGAAAUUUCCAUAGCAUUUCGUUGCUGUGAAAUUCUGCCAAAACUUCAUUUUUUUCGGUCUGAUAAUAUAUUGUAGAGAGGCCCACCAUUGGGUUUUGGUGGGCUCUCGUUCAACCAAUAGAAAAUAUUGCUUCAUUUUUUCUCUAAAGGGGGGGCCUCAAUCUCAAACGGUGACCGACGCCAUUGGGGUUUCCUCUUAACUCCUCUUAGCCAUCGCUUUUCCUUCCCCCUAAGCUGCUUCUAUUAUUAUCGCCUAUGCCAAACUCAAAUUUGACCCGCAAGAGAUUUCCUCUUUCCUAAUGCUACUUUUCUUCGUCACUUCAAUCACCUUCUUCUUGUUCCUGAAGUCUCUUUCCCUCAAACGUCAACAACUUUGGACAAGUAAUUUGAGAUUGAUAUCCCUUGUGUUUUGCAAACAGUUACUGUCUGUAAAAUCAAUCUCUAAGUUGAUCGCCUAUCGUCUGUUUCUGGGUUUUCCUUCUCAAAUUCCUUCAAGAAUGUCCCUAAUGAAGAAGAUGGCCUUCACUUCAAGAGUAGAGAAUGUGGAGGAUUCCCAGGAUUCCUCACUUUUGGACUUGCCAGAGCUGGUCUUAGAAUGCAUUCUUGAGAGGCUACCUCCUUCAGCUCUUUGUCAAAUGGCAGGUGUGUGCCGUUCCUUGAGGGAGAGAAGUAUCAGUGAUUACUUCUGGGAGAGGCACAUGAAGCAGAAAUGGGGUAGGAUUAUUGGUAAAGCUGCUUAUAGGGAGUGGCAAUGGCAUGUUGCUUCAAAACAAGACAUGGGCAGUCUAAAACAGGGAAAGCAUAGGGGAUUGAGGAGGUUUCUAUCUCUGAAUUGGUCUUUUUCAUGGAUGAGAUUGAAGGGUGAUGCAAAUAAUAAUAAUAAUAGUAGCAGCGACCAGCCAAGUUCCUUGCCAGUUGAUUCUGUCAUGACUUGGUAUCUUGCUCUCGAGUCUGGCAAUUUCUGGUUCCCUGCUCAGGUUUAUAAUCGUGAGAAUGGUCAUGUUGGAUUCGUGUUAUCUUGCUAUGAUGCUGAGCUGAGCUAUGAUCGGCACACGGACACCUUCCAAGCCAGGUAUCCGCCACAUGGAAGAAGGGCAAUUGCAAUAGAGAAUGGCAUCGCAUGGCAAAGGCUAAGAGCUCCACCAACUGACACUCUCCCUCAUGAUCUUCAUAUUUCUGACUGUUUGAACGAUCUGCGUCCUGGUGAUCACAUAGAGAUUCAGUGGAGGAGAAACAAAGAAUUCCCUUAUGGCUGGUGGUAUGGUGUUGUUGGUCACUUAGAAUCAUGUGAUGGGAAUGCUCAUUACUGCCGAUGUCAUAAUAGCGACAUGGUUGUGCUAGAGUUCAACCAGUACAUGCCUGGCUCGCGAUGGAGACAAACAAACAUCAGUAGGAAGAACCAUAGGGAGGAGGGAAAUGAGGCUGAUGGAUUCUAUGGAGGAAUCAGAAAGAUUUACAGUGAGACUGAGAUUGCCACAUGGAAACGCCUUUGGCCUACUCAAGUCUUGGACUAGUAGAAACUGCAUCAGAUCGGUUUUUUUUCACUGUUAACUUAGAUUCAAGCUAGAAACUUGCUCGUGUUCUGAAGCAACGGGGUGGUAGAACACGAAGUGAGCAGCUUUCUCUCAUUCCGCAAAACGCACAAUGGAGAGCAUGCAGUUUUCUUCUUUGACAACCCUCCCCCCCACUUGUAUUAUUCUGGUCAAUUUUUUCAUGGGGAGAAUAUAUUCAUAUGAUUUCCAAUCAAUGUAGAUUACUUUCAUUUAUGCUUUAAAUGAUGUAGAAACAUUCAUUCCACUAUAUACAUAGAAUCUAGCUUCUGAUCUCAAGUUUGCA